GGUCAGUCUUGUGAUGCAUCUUUUGAAACUCGAGCACAUAGUCAUCAUGAUGAAGCAACGGGGUACAAGGACCCCCCACUACUUGCGAAUAUGCAGGAGCAAUUCAUGCAUAAAAACCGCUUACAAGAAUAUGCUCAAAGGUCAUCCAUACCUUUGCCAAUAUAUCAAACUGUUAAUGAAGGGCAUCCAUAUGCAUCACAAUUUAGAUCUACUGUUCUGAUAGAUGGAGUGACAUUCAUGUCAUCUCGGACAUUUCCUCGUCGAAAAGAAGCAGAGCAAGACGUGGCAAAACUUGCUCUUGAAGGCAUAUCUAGGAAGAUAAAGGAUGAAGGAAUUCCCCUAAUUCAUGCAGAUACUACAUUCUGCAAGUCUAUCCUUCACGAAUAUGCAGUGAAGAUGUAUAUAGAGAAGCCUGCAUACACAACAUCUCAAUUAGAAGGGGUGCUGCUUCCUUCUUUUAUAUCAUCUUUGGUUUUUGAUGGAAAAACUUAUACAGGUGCUGCAGGAAGAAACAAGAAGGAAGCAGAACAGAUUGCUGCACGUGCUGUUAUUCAAUCCAUCUUAGCUCACUCUGAUACAAGGAUUAUCAUGUCUGAAAUUGUAAAAUCCAAGGGUAAAUUGUAUGCUGCAAUACAAAAGAACAAUGACUCAGGUUUAUCACAUCUGGGAAAUGCAGCCUCGGGACAGCAGGCAAGGAAUGACUCUAGUGGCAGUACUGUGAAAAGAAAAAAAAUUCAGGCUGCCCCAGCAAAUGACGACUUAGCUGGUGUUGCAAAUCAUAAGCAAUUGCUCUUGGGGCAACGUCCUGCUGCUGCAGAGACAGAACCACUUCUUGAAGCUAAGAAACCUAUAGAAGAAUAUCCAUGCGAACAAAGUUUUGGACCAAUUGGAGGGGGCACAUCACCGCCAGUUCUUUCACAAGAUGUUCUACCUUCAGGAUUAAAGAGGAUUGUGUUCGAGUCAUCUGAUGGAUCUUAUCAUGCUGAACAAAACCAGGUAAAUGAUCUGGAUGGGCCAUCUAUGCAAUCCUAUGAUGCUCAAUACAGGUUCCUAGUAGCCAGAGAAAGCGCUCGAGGAAGAAGCAGAACAGAGGACAUCAAACAGGAAAGCACGGACUGAACAGAUGACAAAUCUUUCAGCAUAUUACGCAAGUCUCUUGGCUCAUUUCUGGAAGGCGCAUCCGAUGAUGAUUUUGGGCCUGAUGAAUGAGCCUUGAUCACCAGUAACUGCUCUUGGAUAUGGGGAAGCAUAAAAUUCUGUAUGUAAACCUUAUUCUCUGACACCAUCUAUCUUCUUCAACUGAAGAUUUUACCAAAUUGUUGGAUGGUGAAUUGGGAUUAAAAUUUGUCAAUGGUUCCUAGGCUCCAGAUUCUGUUUUGUUAAUAUAAGAAAGGGGUAUCUACAGUAAUCAUGGCAUUGCCUGUUUCUAGUUUUCCAGGACCUUGACUACUGAAACACUAUGUUGGUAAAGGAGGUGAAGUUAAAUCUUUUGACGAGGACA